AUGCAGCGUCGAGCGGAGGAUCGCGGUAACUCUACUGUCAGUGGCCUGGGUGCUCGCAAGCAGGAGAUUAUAGCCGCUGGCGGCACCUCUCAGGAUCUUUCCAUUGCUAUGCUGGAAACCGAUGAAAUGACUACUGACUACACCUAUGGGGACGGAAAGACCGGAGAUUCAACCAACUUUGGCAUUUUCAAGCAAAAUUGGAUGAUGCUCCGUACCUCCGCUAGCCAGUUCGAAGGUUUAUUUGCAGCAGAUGUCGACCAGGGUGCUGUCUUGAACAAGGAUCUUGCAGCUGAUAUCACUGCUCGCCAUGAGAGUGAGAAACACUACGGAUAUACCACCUGGUGCGCAGGGCACCGCAACGGUGACAGUGGCCUGAAGAACCCCAACACCGAUGACAUCGACACCUACAAAACCGCAAUUGAGUGGAUACAGGAACAGAUCGACAGCGAUGAGAAGUAUCUCACUGAUGACACCCGUUUCUGGGUGGAUGUCACGGCCAUCUAA